UAACGUGCAAAAAAGAGUCAAAACGCAAUCGUUUCAAGCAAACUUAGCCGUUGUAGCGGCGAUAGCCUGGAAGAGGAGAGAAAGGCCAUUAAAAUGUGAAGUUAAACGGAGCGGGAAAUAAAACUUCAAAUCAUAAAUCACCGAUUCACAGCUUACCAGUCCUUCCAUGGCGAGAACCAAGCACAUCGCCACGAAGAAACCAAAGCCAAAGUCAUCAGCGGCUUCACCGUCGACGGCGUCACCCAGCUCGGCACGUGCUGGAAGACCAAGAAAAACUGGAGGACAGGCCACACCAUUUCAAAGAACAUCGAAGAAGCCUCAUCGUUUUAGACCGGGAACUAGGGCUCUUCAAGAGAUUCGAAAAUUUCAGAAGACUACAAAACUUCUCAUUCCUGCUGCCAGCUUCAUCAGAGAAGUAAGAGCUAUUAGCUACCAAUUUGCGCCAGAAAUAACUCGUUGGCAAGCUGAAGCUUUAGUUGUUAUUCAAGAGGCGGCAGAGGACUAUUUGGUUCAAUUGUUUGGAGAUGCAAUGCUGUGCGCAAUUCAUGCAAAGCGUGUUACACUGAUGAAGAAGGAUAUUCAGUUGGCCCGACGACUUGGUGGGAAGGGGCAACCCUGGUGAGAUUUUGUACUUUAACUAUAACUAGCACUCGGUUUAGCUAUUCUCUAAAUGGAGAAUUAAUUGUUCCUUUGUAUGUAGCAUUUGUAAAAUAGACAUUUGUCCAGGCUCUUGAUACCCAGAGAACCUUGAGCUAACAGCUAAGUGUUUCUAUUUAGAAUUAGAAAGUAGGCAAAUUGUUGACUUUCAAUCCUUCAUGAUUUAAAAUGUGCUUAAUGGGGAAUAGUUUUCUUUGUCUUCAACAUUUUCAUAGGAAUGAUUAGUUUGUAUCUUAUCAUCCAUUUCAUGUUCUUUCUGAUCAUUUUUCUUACUUUGUUCACACAAAUUAGCACAUAAAAUUUAUUUUGUUGAGUAAUAUGCUAAUCACCAAGAUUGUAAUUUAGAUUUUGUUAAUCUAGAAUCUCCAACUCCAUCCAGUCACUCAAUUUCUUGCUCGGCAAAUUCCACUUCUAACAUCUUAAACAAUCUUUGCUAAUUUAUAGAUUUCUUAAGCUAAGAAAGAAUAUAGAAAUUCAUGAGCUAUAACAGAGAUUUUAUUAGUUUGUACGAAUUCAAGGUUUAUUUCAGUUAGUUCAUGUAGUAAUCUUUAAGAAGUAACAUUUAGCCGGAUUGGAAUUCAAAUUCCACCACUUGCCAUCUCUUCUCUCAUUUCAGGUUGUGACUUCUUUUAUACUAAAAAAUACUAUCAAUUUUUUUCACUUUUGUUCUUCUUUUAUCCAAAAAAUCAUGAGAUAUACUUUAGAAGGAAAAUGAAACUAUAUUAGCGCAAUACUUCAGAUAUAUAGUGAUAAUUUCCUUUCAAUCCAGUGGAUUUGGUUCCUAAUAAGACAAGAUGAAAAUAAUGUCAUAUGAGACAUUAUUACUUGAACUAGAAAUUUAAUCAAGAUGAUCAAACAAUAUUCAAAUUUCAUGAGAAUAUAUAAAGUUUAAAGUU